AUGUACCCUGCACACAUGGCUUCCCAACGGGCGCACCCCUACCCCCCUUCCUCCGGCUAUCCGCCGCAGUGCCACGCCCCCGCCCCCGUGAUGGCGGCCUACCCGCCUGCCCAUCAUCAUCACCAUCCAUCUUCUAUGAUGCCCGCCGCCUCGCCCUACCCCCCGGCCCCCGGCUACUCGGCCCCCUACCCCCCGUGCCCGACCUCCUACGCGGCGGCCGCCCCGCAGCACGUGAUCGUGGCCCACGCCAAGGGCAAGGACGCCCACAAGGUCCACAAGAAGCUCGACAAGGAGAUGCACAAGACCGAGAAGAAGGCCCACAAGGACGCUCACAAGGCCCACAAGAAGGCCCUCAAGUACCAGCACCAGGCCGCCGCUGCCGCCUGCUACUCGCAGCAGCCCCCCGCUACGGGGGCGUACUACCCGCCCGCCCCCCAGGGCCUCGCCCACCCUGGCUACCCCGCCAUGCAGCCCGCCGCGGCCGCACCCUACUACCCGCCCGCCGCGGGCUACGGCGCCCCGGCGCCCAUGGGCUACGCGCAGACCACGACCGUCACCACCACCUACCCGCACUACUGA